AUGACCUUGAACGCCGUAAUCGAAACUAACCAAGGCAAAAUCCAUGUCGAGCUCUACCCCGAGCAGACUCCGGUAACCGUAGCCAGCUUCGUCAACCUCGCCGAGCGCGGCUACUUCGAUGGCGUAGUCUUUCAUCGGGUGGUACCGAAUUUCGUCAUUCAAGGCGGCGACCCGACCGGCACCGGUCGCGGUGGCCCGGGCUACCAGUUCGAAGACGAGUUUGAUCCGAGCCUGCGGCACGACUCGGCGGGCAUCUUGUCGAUGGCCAACGCUGGACCCCGUACCAACGGUAGCCAGUUCUUCAUCACCCACGGUCCCACCCCGCACCUCAACGACCGGCACUCGGUGUUCGGUAAGGUGACCGAAGGACUCGACGUGGUCAACGCUAUCCGCGAGAGCGACAAGAUGGUGACGGUGAAGAUCGAGGGCGACACGGCGGCGCUCAAAUCGGCCAACGAAGCGCGCCUCGCGGAGUGGAACAAAGCGCUCGACGCCCGCUAG